AUGACAAAUCCAAGUUCACCACCAAUUGCUUCAUCAACUAAUAAUAAUUCAACAACAUCAACAAUCCCAGCAGCUAGUUUUGCAAAUUAUUAUGAUGCAGCAGCAGCCGCUGCUGCCGCUGCUUACUAUCCACCACUACCUCCAUCAUCAGCAACCAAUCGAUUAGUACAACAAUCAUCUGCAUCUGUACAAUCCUAUGGUGUUCAUCAAACAAAUCCUUAUACAGGUUAUGCUGAUGCAUAUCAUUUACUAUCACGUCCACCAGCUGCCUAUCCUUAUACUAUAUCAUCAGUUAAUUCAAAAGAAUUAGCUAAACCAGCAAUGAGUUAUAUAGCACUUAUAACAGCGGCUAUUCAAAAUAGUCCCGAUCAUAAAUGUACUUUAAAUGGUAUUUAUCAAUAUAUCAUGGACCAAUAUCCAUAUUAUCGAGAAAAUAAACAAGGUUGGCAAAAUUCAAUUCGACAUAAUUUAUCAUUAAACGAUUGUUUUGUUAAAGUUUCACGAGAUGAUAAACGACCAGGCAAAGGAUCUUAUUGGAUGUUACAUCCUGAAUCACAUAAUAUGUUUGAUAAUGGUUCAUUUUUACGACGACGUCGUCGUUUUAAACAAGAAGCAGCAAAUCUUCAUCGAAAUCAACAAUCGGGUGGUGGUGGAAGACAACGAGGUCAAUUAAAUCAUCGAAAUUCACCUAAUUUAAUCAGUCCAUCAUCAACAACAAAUAAUACUCUUGAACCAAGAACUAAUGGUACAAAAUCGAAUCGUUCUCGAAAUCUAGGAUCAAAUUCAGCUAUUAAAGAAUCAAUAACUGAUGAUACAGAUUGUUCAGAAUCACCAAGAAAGAAACAUGCUGGUGGAUAUACAACUCCUAAAAUGGAACCGGUGGAAGCUAGUGAAUCGGGUGAUCAUCUUUCAACAUAUGGUUUACCAUCAUCAUCAAAAACUCCACCAAUGUCAAAUUCAUUACAAUCAGCAAUACCAAAUUUUAAUUUUAUUGAUCCAAUGACAAUGGCAGCUGUUAUUUAUGAACAAACUGGUGGUACAUCAUCAACAACAUCAAAUUCAUCCAAUUCAUCAUCAACAUCAUCAACUAAUUUUCGUUGUACAGAUUCAUUACCAACACCAAGUUCAGUUUCAUUAGCUGCUGCAUAUGCAGCUGCAUCUUCGAAUUAUCCAUCAUCAUCAUCAUUAAAUGGAAAUAAUAAAACCAAUCAUCUUCAUCCUCAUCAUCAUAUUCACAAUGGUAAUAAUACUCAUCAUCACAAUAGUCAACAUCUUUAUUCACCAAAUAAUGAUUAUGUUUCUUCUUCUGUGACUGCAUCAAACGGUUAUUGGCCUUAUUCAACUCAACCAUAUUUUCCUAGCACAACAAGACAGUAUAUGGUAACUCAACCACCUUCAUCAUGUCCCAUAACACCAACAGGAGUGUCUGACACAUCUUCAUCAUCUUCCCAACAAGAUUUAUCUUAUCAUACACAUGGAUCAUAUCCACAUAUGCAAAAAAUGGUUGGAAAUUAUCCAACUAGUUAUGAAUUUUAUCAACAACAUAAUACUAAAUACUGUUAA